AUGUGCUACUGCGACAUUUUAUUGACUCCAACAGAUGUCCGAAAAUGUAUCCCGUUCUCUCGCGAUGGGCGUGUUAAAAGGAUAAAUUGUAGCUUCGUAAUCUCUCUACUACAUCGAGAUUUUACUCUGUACCCUUUAAAGGGUACCCUUUGUGCUUCGGGGUUACAGGAGGUUGCACGUUUCCUGAUGCACAUGAAGUGUGGCGAAGGUGAUCAUACUUCACAAGAAACCGUCCCGCUUUUGCGAUUUUACCGCUUCCGUCAACUGAGGAAUCACCGCGCAAAGAGAAGACUAUAA